AUGCGUGACAAUCAAUCAAUAAUAGAAACAAAUUCAACUAAACAUUCACAUAUGAACACAUCCUUAUGCAAGAGAUGUAAAAAGUCUAAUUCAAUAAUUGAAUUUGAUAGAUGUUUUCAAUAUCGUCAAGAUCAAUUAAGAUCAAAUUCUUCGGAAAUUAUUUCAACUGAUCAAAAUUCUGAUAAUCAAAAGGCUGCAUCACAAUCAGUUCCAAUUGAAAAAACAAUGAAUAAAGUUAAACAACUACUUGAAAAAAAUAAUAAAACAGAUAUUACUGGUUCAUCUCAAGAUAUAACUAAGAAAAAAUUUAAUCGUUCAUUUAAGCAUUUAUUUAGAACUAAUCGAGAAUGUCAAUCUUGUCCAGAUUCACCUCGAAGUUGUUCAUCUUUAUCUUCACAAACAUAUUUAUCUCAAUUUGUUCUUCAACCAAAAUCUUCUAUUGAAGAAAACCCUACUGAAACAAUAAAAUAUUCAUCACCUGUUCUUGCUUCUGCUCCUGUUCCUGUUCCCGCAUCUCUUCCUGUCUCUAAACCUGUUUCAUGUUCCUUAUAUCUUUCCUCAGAACAGAUCAGUUAUUAUAAAAAACGUCAAACAGAAUUAGAUCAUACUGUUAGAGAACUUAUCAAACAUUUAACAUGCAAAACAAAUGAAAAUAUCAAUCAAAUAUCAAAACAUUGGUCAUAUAUAAAAAAUUUAUGUUUGAAUAAAAUUCAACCAAAAACAAAUCUUAAGCAAAUAUUUUGUUAUCUAUUAAAAUCAAUUUAUCCAAAUAAACAGUUUGAAGAUUAUCUCAAAGAAAAUGAUAAUAUUAAAGCUUUAUUGGAAAUUUUAUCAAGAAUACUAAAUAUUGUUCAACAUAUACAAUCGUUGUCAACAAUUAAGAACUUAUUUGAUUCUGUAGAAAAAACAAUGAUAGAAUAUAUACAUUCUGAAUUUGAAUUUUUGCUUGCAUCUUAUACUGAUACACUUUCAAUGAUUAAUGAACUUAGUCGUUUUUAUCAAACUAGGUUAAACGAAAUAAAUAAUUUACAUUGGUUAGAAAUUAUUAAACAUGAUUAUCCAUCUUUAAUUGAACGAAUUUCCAAUGAUCUCAUUGUAAAAGUUCCUCAAGUAGACCAGAUACUUGUAACAAUGCUUAGAAAUAUGAAAAAACGUUUACUGUGUAAUAAUAGUGAAUUUAUUAAUAAAAGUCGUAUAUAA